CUGGUGCUCAAAACAGGUUCUUUUUGGGACCUGCUUAGAACAGAAUGGACAGGUCGACAGGUAAAGAUGCAGGAGCCUGUCCCGCGCGCCGUCAUGCAUUCACGGGAACCGUGCUCGCUUGCACGUGUUGCCGUAAGAGCCCCGCUGUCGUCCUACGCGGGAAAGGAACCAACUUUUCAUUGGCCGUGUCUCGCAACUGUUCACCGGCGACGUGAGCGACGCGACCUCACUCAACGAAAACUUUAUAUUUUCGAAAGGUGA